AUGACAAUCUCAAUAGAUUUAAUCCCAGAACAACUUAGGUCGGAUAAGAAUAUUACCCCGUAUAUCCAUCGAGCAAUUGAGUUGGAACAAGCAGAGCCCAUAAUCAGUUACUAUAACAAAAUCUAUGUGCUUGAGUAUAUUUUAAACAACAAGAUACAUUCAAGAUCAAAAGCCAACGAGGAACUUACCAUAAAACUCUUAGAUGACACUGAGUGUACAAAAAAGGAUACAGCCGACGAGAGUCUUCAUAAGGUUUUAAAUGAUAAGAAUUUGUCCUUCCGCUAUGUUUUGAAGUUUGCAUUUGGGUUAUUCAAUUCGUGCCUUGAGAGCUUGAAGUCAUAUAAGAUUGAAAAUAAACCUCAAUUGAUAGCUAAAUUUAGAGCCGCGAUGUGUUUUUUAAACGUGCUCGACACUUUUGAAAGUUCAAGUGAUAGUAUUGAUUUCGAGGGAAUUUUUGGACCCAAAAUCAAAGACUGGAAUGAUUUCAAAGCCGUGAACAAAGAAAAGCUCAAGGUGUUGAAAUAUCAGCUAACAAAAUUGGUCAAAGAUGAGAUUUCUCCAGUAGAAGAUCUAGAGUCGGAUAAUGCUGAUUUGGAAAAAGAGUUAGACGUGGAAUUACAGAAGUUAAGCACUGGCCAACCUGAUCAGGACAAUGCAGAAGUCAGUGCAGACGAGGAAGUUAGAGACGUCCUGGAGGAUGACAUGAAUGAAAACAAUGACACUGGCUCGAAUUUUGGCGGUGUAUCUGAUAGUUUUCCUGCGGUUGACGAGUUCAUAGAGGCUGGUGGGUCGAAUGAGAUUCAGACUAAUCAUGAUUUAAACGAACACAACACUGAUGACAGUGGUACAGAGGCGGUAAAUCUUCCUGGUGCGCCACAUUUCAUACCUGAAGAAGGUUCAGACUCCGAUAGCGUUAGACUUCCCCAAGCGCCAAAGUAUUUGCCAACGGACGACAUAGGACACAUAAAUAAAUCGGGAUCGAUACAAGUCUUUCCUCCAAAAUCUGAGGAACGUGAAAUUAGUUAUACACUGAACGAUACAAAGCCUGCAAGUGCAAAGCCUGUUCGUCCCCAUCAUCAUGAAAAACCGCUCAGCAAAGAGAACAUCAAAGAAAUAUUAAACAGGGAUGACGCAGUGGUUCAAAUACAGAAACAUACCAAAUUUGCCAAUUCUGCUUUACAAUUCGAAGAUUUCAACGAGGCAGAGAACCAACUUUUGAAAGGUCUAGAGUUACUACGAGCCUUGAAACGUCAAGAAGAAGAAUAA